UCGGAUGUGGAGGAGAAUGAAGCAUAUUUACAAGGGGAAUGUUUAGAUCCUUUUGAGAACCCAGAAUGUGAUGCAUUUGAUGUCUUUGUUAAUGAGUUUCUGUGCGUUGGAAAAGGCUGCCCGUAUUCGUGUGUAGACAGAGCUCCCCAUGUCUUCACUUUUGCUUCAUCCACCGGGACAGCCCGGGCGACUUCUCAAGGACACGGUGAAGAUUAUCAGGUUCAAAUUGCAGUUGGCCAAUGCCCCAGAAGCUGUAUACAUUAUGUAACACCUUUGCAAAGAAUCAUUCUGGAAGAGCUACUUGACAGUGCCUUGGAUGUGCCAUAUGAUAAUUCAGCAGAGGCAGAUUUACUAUAUUCUCUUAUAGUGAAAUCAAAAUUCGAGAAUAAUCGAUACAGAAAGCCGAAGAGGGAGGAGCCAAAGACGUCGACCGAACGAGUCGAUUGGUAUUGAAAUCUUGAUUUUACCGUCUCGUGUUGAACUGAAUCAAGAAGAAACCAAUGCAGUGAUUCGGGCGGUUGAUGUCCUCUUCCUCUUUGAGAGUUGCGGGUCUUUCUGCAUGAGUGAUAGCUCACGCUCAAAACUUCUCGUACACGAGUCCUAGUCGUUGCGCAGCGGUCUGUUUCCCGGCUUUGCUUGCGCAAUGAUGAUUGGUUUCAUCCAUCCUCGACCCUAAUGAAAUUGAGUAUUCCAAUCAGUCAAGUGGUUCGGGUUCUCGACAGGUUCCCGUUCGCCUGCCCUCUCCCUCAUAGUCCAUUAGUGGGUAGGGUGGUAAACUGAUAGAUAGGGCGCCCGCCUCCUCUUCAGACAUGUCCUCGACAACUUGGCGGUUGUCCGGUCUCCGCUUUUGGGGGCAGAAGUGCUUUGGUCAAUAUAUAUAUUUGUUUAUUUAUUUAUUUGUGUUUAAGAUUUUUUAUUUUUAUUUUUGCAGGAACUCGACAUAGGAUGGCGGUGAGAGUG